AUGGCCAAAAUGGAGGUGAAAACGUCACUUCUGGACAAUAUGAUUGGGGUUGGAGAUAUGGUUCUUUUAGAGCCUCUCAAUGAGGAGACCUUCAUCAACAACCUCAAGAAGCGCUUUGAUCAUAAUGAAAUAUAUACGUAUAUUGGAAGUGUGGUUAUAUCCGUUAACCCAUACCGGCCCUUGCCCAUUUAUUCACCAGAGAAAGUGGAAGAUUACAGGAAUAGAAAUUUUUAUGAGCUGAGCCCUCACAUCUUUGCCCUGUCAGAUGAAGCAUACAGGUCCCUAAGAGAUCAAGAUAAAGACCAAUGUAUUCUCAUUACCGGGGAAAGCGGAGCAGGAAAAACAGAGGCCAGCAAGCUUGUUAUGUCCUACGUAGCAGCAGUUUGUGGAAAAGGAGCAGAAGUGAACCAAGUCAAAGAACAGCUUUUACAGUCCAAUCCAGUCCUGGAAGCUUUUGGAAAUGCCAAGACUGUAAGGAAUGACAACUCCUCUAGAUUUGGCAAAUAUAUGGACAUUGAAUUUGAUUUUAAAGGCGAUCCACUGGGAGGAGUGAUAAGUAACUAUCUUUUAGAGAAGUCUCGAGUUGUUAAGCAACCGAGAGGUGAAAGAAACUUCCAUGUGUUCUAUCAGCUGCUCUCUGGUGCCUCUGAAGAGCUCCUCAAUAAGCUUACACUCGAGCGAGAUUUCAGCAGAUAUAACUACCUGAGUUUGGACUCUGCCAAAGUUAAUGGAGUGGAUGAUGCAGCAAAUUUCAGAACUGUUAGGAAUGCCAUGCAGAUUGUGGGUUUUAUGGAUCACGAAGCUGAGUCUGUCCUGGAGGUGGUGGCAGCCGUGUUGAAACUGGGGAACAUCGAGUUCAAGCCCGAAUCUCGAGUGAACGGUUUAGAUGAAAGCAAAAUCAAAGAUAAAAAUGAGUUAAAAGAAAUUUGUGAGUUGACCGGCAUUGAUCAAUCAGUUCUAGAACGAGCUUUCAGUUUCCGAACGGUUGAGGCCAAGCAGGAGAAGGUUUCAACUACACUGAACGUGGCUCAGGCAUAUUAUGCCCGUGAUGCUCUGGCUAAAAACCUCUAUAGCAGGUUAUUUUCAUGGUUGGUAAAUCGAAUCAAUGAAAGCAUUAAGGCACAGACAAAAGUGAGAAAGAAGGUCAUGGGUGUUUUGGACAUUUAUGGUUUUGAAAUUUUUGAGGACAACAGCUUUGAGCAGUUCAUUAUUAAUUAUUGUAAUGAAAAGCUACAACAGAUCUUCAUUGAACUUACUCUUAAAGAGGAGCAAGAAGAGUAUAUACGGGAGGGCAUAGAAUGGACACACAUUGACUACUUCAAUAAUGCUAUCAUUUGUGACCUGAUAGAAAAUAACACAAACGGAAUCCUGGCCAUGCUGGAUGAGGAGUGCCUGAGGCCUGGCACGGUCACCGACGAGACCUUCUUGGAGAAGCUCAACCAAGUGUGUGCCACCCACCAGCACUUCGAGAGCCGGAUGAGCAAGAGCUCUCGGUUUCUCAAUGACACGUCCCUGCCUCAUAGCUGUUUCAGAAUUCAGCACUAUGCCGGCAAGGUGCUGUACCAGGUGGAAGGAUUUGUUGACAAAAACAAUGACCUUCUGUAUCGAGACCUGUCCCAAGCCAUGUGGAAGGCCAGCCACACCCUCAUCAAGUCUUUGUUCCCGGAAGGGAACCCAGCCAAGAUCAACCUGAAAAGGCCUCCUACAGCAGGCUCUCAGUUCAAGGCAUCCGUGGCCACGCUGAUGAAAAACCUGCAGACCAAGAAUCCAAACUACAUUAGGUGCAUCAAACCAAAUGAUAAAAAAGCGGCACACAUCUUCAACGAGGCUCUUGUGUGUCAUCAGAUCAGGUACCUGGGACUUUUGGAGAAUGUCCGAGUCAGGAGGGCAGGCUAUGCCUUCAGGCAGGCCUAUGAACCUUGCCUAGAAAGAUACAAAAUGCUUUGUAAACAAACAUGGCCUCAUUGGAAAGGACCAGCAAGGGCUGGCGUGGAGGUUCUCUUUAAUGAGUUAGAGAUUCCUGUAGAAGAGUACUCCUUUGGUAGAUCAAAGAUAUUCAUCCGGAACCCAAGAACAUUAUUCAAGCUAGAAGACCUGAGGAAGCAGCGUCUUGAGGACUUGGCCACUCUCAUUCAGAAGAUUUAUCGGGGGUGGAAAUGUCGUACCCACUUCCUACUAAUGAGAAAAAGCCAAAUUGUGAUAGCUGCCUGGUACAGGAGAUACGCGCAACAAAAGAGGUAUCAACAGAUAAAGAGUUCUGCCUUGGUAAUUCAGUCUUAUAUCCGGGGUUGGAAGGCCCGAAAAAUCCUGCGGGAACUGAAGCACCAAAAGCGCUGUGAGGAGGCAGCCACCACCAUCGCGGCCUAUUGGCAUGGUACCCAGGCGCGAAGGGAACUGAGCCGGCUGAAGGAGGAGGCUAGGAAUAAACAUGCUAUUGCAGUUAUUUGGGCUUACUGGCUCGGAUCUAAGGCUCGAAGGGAAUUGAAACGCUUGAAGGAGGAGGCUAGGCGUAAGCAUGCAGUCGCUGUCAUUUGGGCUUACUGGCUUGGACUAAAGGUCCGUCGGGAGUACAGGAAAUUCUUCAGAGCCAAUGCUGGAAAGAAAAUUUAUGAAUUUACGCUUCAGAGAAUUGUGCAAAAAUACUUCUUGGAAAUGAAAAAUAAGAUGCCUUCCUUAUCUCCAAUAGACAAGAACUGGCCAUCAAGACCUUACCUAUUUUUGGAUUCUACUCACAAAGAACUAAAAAGGAUUUUCCACUUGUGGAGGUGUAAAAAAUACAGAGACCAAUUCACAGACCAGCAAAAGCUGAUUUACGAAGAAAAAUUAGAAGCCAGUGAACUCUUCAAAGACAAGAAGGCUUUAUACCCAUCUAGUGUUGGGCAACCAUUCCAAGGAGCUUACCUGGAAAUCAACAAGAAUCCCAAGUAUAAGAAACUCAAAGAUGCUAUUGAAGAAAAGAUUAUCAUUGCUGAAGUGGUGAACAAAAUUAACCGUGCCAAUGGGAAGAGCACAUCCCGGAUUUUCCUCUUAACAAAUAAUAAUCUCCUUCUUGCCGAUCAAAAGUCCGGGCAGAUCAAGUCAGAGGUUCCUUUGGUGGAUGUGACCAAAGUAUCGAUGAGCUCACAGAAUGAUGGCUUCUUUGCCAUCCAUCUCAAAGAGGGCUCUGAAGCAGCUAGUAAAGGAGACUUUCUCUUCAGCAGCGAUCACCUUAUUGAAAUGGCCACAAAGCUGUAUCGGACGACUCUCAGCCAAACCAAACAGAAGCUCAGCAUCGAAAUUUCUGAUGAGUUCCUGGUUCAGUUCAGACAGGAUAAAGUAUGUGUGAAGUUUAUUCAGGGCAACCAGAAAAAUGGGAGCGUCCCAACGUGCAAACGAAAAAACAACCGUCUCCUUGAAGUUGCUGUUCCUUAA